CUGGUCCACAAGUCACAGUGUUGGUUCAAGUUCAGUCUUUCAGACUUGUUUUGCAAGUUAGGUUUUAAUUACAUGGGAUUUCCUCCUUUGGCUUCAGAUACACAUAGCACAAAAGAGUCACUCAAUUGAGUGGGAAUCUCAAAGCAUCUGGACACACAGAAGAAAGGACCUCGCCAUUACUCAGGAGUAAAAUGUAUAGGCCAAGACCAGUGAUACCACAAUCAAGGUUCUUCAGUCCGUUUGUAGUGGCUUUUGUUGUCAUAACAACAGUACUGAUCCUGGCCAUGACUAUAGGUCUACUUAUUCACUUCUUAGCUUUUGACAAGAAAACUUACUUUUACCACAGCAGCUUUCAAAUCCUAAAUGUUGAAUACACUGAGGCUUUAAAUUCCCCAGCUACACAGGAAUACAGGCAUUUGAGUGAAAGAAUUGAAUCUAUGAUUACUGAUGCAUUCCGAGAAUCAAAUUUAAGAAGUGAGUUUAUCAGAACACACGUUGUUAAACUGAGGAAAGAAGGGAAUGGUGUGAUCGCAGAUGCUGUCAUGAAAUUUCGAUCUAGUAAACGCAGCAAUAGAAAAUCCAUGAAAAACAGAAUUCAUUCUGUGCUACAAAUACUGAGUAACUCUGGAAGUUUGGAAAUAACCCCUUCAAAUGAGAUAACAUCACUCACUGACCAAGAUACAGAAAAUUUUUUGACUCAAGAAUGUGGAGCCCGUCCAGACCUUAUAACACUGUCAGAAGAGAGAGUUAUUGGAGGCACUCUAGCUGAAACAGGUGACUGGCCCUGGCAAGUCAGUCUACAACUCAAUAAUGUCCACCACUGUGGAGGUAUCCUGAUCAGUAACUUGUGGGUCCUGACAGCAGCUCACUGCUUCAGAAGCUACUCUAAUCCUCUACAAUGGACUGCCACCUUUGGUGUUUCUACAAUACGUCCUAUCUUAAGAGUAAGAGUAAGGUCUAUUGUAUCCCAUAACAAUUACAGACCUACAACUCGUGAUAAUGAUAUUGCAGUUGUACAACUUGAAAGACCUAUCACCUUUAACAGAAAUAUCCACAGGGUGUGUCUCCCAGCUGCGACCCAAAGUAUCAUACCUGGUUCUAUUGCAUAUGUCACAGGAUGGGGGUCGCUCACUUAUGGAGGCAACACAGUCACCGAUCUACGGCAAGGACAGGUCAGAAUAGUAAGUACCGACGAGUGCAAUGAACCAGCUGGGUACAGUGGAAGCGUCUUGCCUGGAAUGCUCUGUGCUGGAGUGCCUUCAGGUGCUGUGGAUGCGUGCCAAGGUGAUUCUGGUGGCCCACUAGUACAGGAAGACUCACGGAUGCUUUGGUUUGUUGUGGGGAUUGUAAGCUGGGGAUAUCAGUGCGGCCUGCCAAAUAAACCAGGAGUGUACACGCGAGUGACAACCUACCGCGACUGGAUUCGCCAGCAAACUGGAGUCUAGUGCCACGAAAGUGCUGUGAAGUUUGUGUGCAAAUGUACCUGACUCAGAUUCAACUGCAAAGGAAACCGGAAAUGUCUCAUUUUAACAUAUUACUACAGAAAUAUGCCUUAACAAACAGUAUUUAAUAUUUCUUUGUCAAUAUGGAAUUUUACUUUCUCAGGAGAAACCAUGUGAGCAUUGCAUUGUAUUAUGGCUAAGUAAAAGACGAAAUAUGUUAGACUAGCUAUAGGGUUAAUAAUUUUAUUAUAGGCAUGGCAAGUUGUAAUGGUGAGAAAUAAAGUGCCUUGAGUCAAGGAACCUGGAUAAGGGAGAAGGGUUGGGGGUGUUCUCUGAAGAGGUCCCACUGAAGCUGGUAGUACAUAGAAGUCUGAGCAUAGUAUGAAUAAAAGAGCUGUGUGAGGAUAGGAACGAAGAUUCUGUUUAGAAUGUCUGGAUAGUCUGGUCCUGGAGAGAUGGCUCAGAGGUUAAGAAUGUUUGGAUAGUCAAUAUUUUAUACAUAAACAUAAUCCUAACAUUAGAAGUUGAAGCUACUGUACAAAAAUUGUAAAACCUGUAACCAGCCUAAUUAUUUGACAAGAUCACACCCCUAUACAGAUCUCCCAGGAUAUCCCUGGGUAUUGAACAUUGGAGCUAAAUUAGUUGUUUCAAAGUGAAACCAGCAGACGUAAAAGUAGUUUUAAUGGUGAAUUUUAAUUUUAAAUGUUCUAUCUACAUAGAGGAGAGGACAUAUAUCCUCCAUAAAGAGGCUGAGGUGAUGAAUCCACACUGCCUUCUCAGCUAUCUUUGCAACCACAAGACUUGUUGGAAAGAAAUUCCUACUACCAACUUUCUGCCGUUGGUAUUAUUUUUUAGAAUAACCUUAAGCUCAACAGCAAAAUGUAAGUGCAAGUUAGAAGUGAAUGAUGAUGGAGAGGUAAAGAGCUGGUUUGCAAAGGUAAAGAUUAAAUGGCUUAAUAUUCUGUUCUAGAGACAGAAGGAUCUCACACUCAUAGCUUCUCUGUCUCUCUUGUCUCUGUGUCUAUCUUUCUCUGUCUUUCACUGUCUCUGUCUCUCUUUGACUCUCAUAUACACACACACGUACACACACACAAGCACACAUGUUCACUCACACAUGCAACCACUAUCAUCAAGGAGUACAAAUUAAACAGAAUCAAUUUAAAGCCUAAAGCCACACCAAUCUAUGUAGCCAUAUUCAAAAAUGAUCCUGAUUUUUAUAGACUCCCAGUAUAGCUAAAGAUUGGUUGUACAUAAUCACCUAUGUGUCACAGCCACCCUCCAAAAGCUAACUACUUAUACCUGGAGAUGAGAGACAUUCAAGACACCACAAUGAAAACUUUGCUCUUCUUGAAGUAAAUCAUGAUGUCUGAAUUAAAGCAAAUUGUUUGACAGAACAGGAUUGGAAAAUGUAACCAAAUCUUGGAAAGAUUAUACACAAAUCUUUGCCGCAUUUUAUUUCAAAUAAACUCUUUUAUAAUC